CUCUGUUAUGAUUCACAGCAGUAGAGAAUUGCUCUCUUGGUCCUGAAACUGCGUCGUUUGAGAUCCCUAGCUUUGUUACCCAGUUGAGAAAUGCCUGCGCAGAAGGUUGAGACUGGUCACCAGGACACUGUCCACGAUGUGGUCAUGGAUUACUACGGCAAGCGCCUAGCCACUGCUUCGUCCGACAACACCAUCAAGAUAGUGGGAGUCAGCAACUCGGCCUCGCAGCAUCUUGCCACCCUGACUGGUCAUCAGGGGCCUGUUUGGCAGGUGGCUUGGGCGCACCCUAAGUUCGGGUCGUUGCUUGCUUCUUGUUCAUAUGACGGGCGCGUCAUUAUCUGGAAGGAAGGGAAUCAGAAUGAGUGGACGCAGGCUCAUGUUUUCGAUGAUCACAAAUCGUCUGUCAACUCGAUUGCUUGGGCUCCUCAUGAACUUGGUCUCUGUUUGGCUUGUGGCUCUUCUGAUGGGAAUAUUUCGGUUUUCACUGCUAAAGGAGAGAAUGUUUAUGCUGGUUGGGAGACCACAAAGAUUGAUCAAGCUCACCCUGUUGGUGUCACCUCUGUUUCCUGGGCCCCUUCAACAGCUCCUGGUGCUCUUGUUGGUUCUGGUCUGCUUGACACGGUUCAGAAGCUCUGUUCUGGUGGUUGUGAUAACAGCGUAAAGAUCUGGAAGCUUACUAAUGGCGCUUGGAAGAUGGACUGUUUUCCAGCUCUUCAAAAGCAUCUUGAUUGGGUUAGGGAUGUUGCCUGGGCACCUAACUUGGGACUGCCAAAAUCCACAAUAGCCAGUGCAUCACAGGAUGGUACAGUUAUCAUCUGGACUGUGGCCAAGGAUGGGGAUCAGUGGGAACAUAAGGUGCUGCAUGAUUUCAAGGCACCCGUUUGGAAGGUCUCAUGGUCACUUACAGGGAACAUAUUGGCUGUGGCUGAUGGGAACAACAGUGUGACAUUGUGGAAGGAAGAAGUUGAUGGGGACUGGCAACAGGUGACAACAGUUGAGCCAUAAAAUCUUAUUUUCAUAAUUUUGCUUCUGUUGCAUCAGAUUAUUUCCCAGAUGUCUUCUAUGAACACAGAUAUAAAGACUUAUUAUGAGAUUAUGAUAAAUUAAGUACUGUUGAUAGUUGUUAUCAACUUUACAUUUCUUACACUACUGCACUCCGGAUACAUGUGAGUUCUGUUUUCAAGUU